UCUUACCUUUUGCCAUUCUACUCGUGUUCAAGUUUGAUUUUCACCUUUAUAAAUUUAUAAAAUAAAUUAGUUAACUUGGCCAUGGCUCACCUGCGGGAAACCUCAGACAAGGCUCUAAAGCUGUUGCGCACGUUACCGCGUGUGCAAAUCGGGAAUCUUCGACCGAAUCCGAACUCCAAACAAAAUGACAAGCGUGGCAGGGCGCAACACGGCGGCGACAAACACGGAGCGGGCAACAAGGGAUCUGGACAGCGACAGAACUUUAUGCGACUGGGUUACGAAACGGGAAAUCAGCCUUUUUACCUGAGAUUCCCCUACGAGCCUUAUUACAAAGGACACCACAUGAAGCGCCAGUAUCCGCCCAUCUCUCUGCUCCAGCUGCAGGUGCUCAUCGACACCAACAGGAUAGACAUCAGCCACCCCAUCGACAUUAGUACUCUGUGCAAUUCCGGCCUGCUUAAGCUGAAACCCGCUGAGAUGGAAUACGGAUUCCAACUAACGGAUGACGGACUGGACAACUUUCAGGCCAAGAUCAACAUUGAGGUGCAGCACGCCAGCGAGGCGGUAAUAGCGGCUAUAGAGAAAAACGGCGGGGUAAUCCGUACCGCCUACUACGAUCCUCGCAGCCUGCACAUGCUGGCCAAUCCAAAGAAGUGGUUCCAAAAGGGAGUCCCUAUACCCAGCCGCAUGCUGCCUCCUCAGGACGCCGUCGACUACUAUACUAAUCCCAAGAAUCGCGGCUACCUCGCCAAUCCUGAGGAGAUCAGCCAGGAUCGCUUGGUGCUAGCCCAAAAAUACGGCUACCAGCUACCCAAAAUUGAAGAUGAUUCCGCCUACGAUAUGCUUAGUACUGCCAAGGACCCAAGACAAGUUUUCUUCGGACUAGAACCCGGAUGGCUGAUCAACAUAGUAGACAAAACUAUCAUCAAGCGCAAACAAUAAUCAGUUGAGUUUGUUAUUAUGCAUUUUGUUAAAUAAAGUGGGUUACAAAAAGC